AUGCAAUUGUUCCCUGUCAUUGUCAGUGUUGUGCUUGAAAAAGCGACAAAAGGCCAUAAAAACUGUUCGCACGAUUUUGGUACAAUCGUGAACACCGAUUCGGCUGAUGAUCAAAACCUCAUACUGAGCAAAGAGAAUAUCGACCAGAAGAAUCCCAAUAGCAUCGAGAACCUUGGAAGUUUCUCAGAACUAGAGUGUUGUCACAAACGGAUCAUACUAGGCAGUGCACGCUACGUGAUGUCUGUGGGCAUUGGCAACCACGUGACUAAGUCGUCCGUGGUGUCGACAGCCACGGCAGAAAUACAAUCAAGGGACAGUAUUAUUCGCUAUGGACUGUUCACGGGAGAGCUCACUCUAAACACACUUGUCACGCCAAUGUCGAACGCUUUGUUCAUGACCUGCCUAUCCGACUUCAACGCUUGUGCGUUAAGCUGUAAAACAGAGGAGAACGCGAGGAUUAUAGAAGUGGAAGCAUUGGCCCAAGGAUUUAGACCCACACCGGCCUGCACAGCUGUUACGGAAGUGGACCAAAACGAUCCUUUGUAUCCGCCGCCAGUUUUGUCCUAUGCUGUCUACGUUGCGGUCAUUGUGGUAUUGUUCGUUCAGCUCGCUUUCGGCUUAGUGGCUGCCUCUCUGGCCAUUUUGAACGCAACGAAGAACCCCACAGAACCGAUCUUCGGGUUACCAGGGUGUCUUUGGGCAAAUGUCUUAACUGCACUACUUGGCUCGAUUGUUUUGCUGACCUUCGGCAUAUACUGGUUGGUGUCAGGCUUGAAGGGCCAUCUGGCCAUAUCGUAUAUAGCGCUGGGUCUUUUCGUCCCAGGUCCAAGCUUAGGAUACUCUUAUUGGAUCCUGAUAACUUCAGUAUUGUGCAAUCUGAUAAACGUUUGUCUGAUACGUCUAAGAUCGUACCUGUUAGAAAGAGAUCCGCCACCGCCAACCAUUAAAGUCGACAAUCAUUCCGACGGCACUAUAUUUCUAUAUUAAUAUUAUCUACCUUACUCAUAAAUUUAUCAUUAAGAACUCUCCAAUAAAGAAAUUUAGGAGAUGGGUGGACGAUAUUAAGGCAGUUGCGGGAAGCACAUGGACCAGAACAGCUGAAAAUAGAAGC